AUGCGACACGAAAGACGGACAGAAUAUGUUCAAGAGGUCGACCAAGAGCACUUGCUGCAAAACGCCACCGAUGCGAACAUACCGGGAUCAGUGACAAUGGAGGCCUUACGCAAUAUGUCGCACAAACUAUCGUCAAAAGAACCCGAGCUUCUACAAGUACCUGUCAGACACAGUCUGCCCUUAAAACCAUCCUCCGACGAUUGUGACUCCGACUUUUCAGACACCUAUAACGCGGACGAUCCUGAUGAUUUGGAAGAAGAAGAAAAGGCAUUGGUCACCGCAUACCUACAUGAUCCUCCAGCUCUGCAUAUCCGACGGACGUUGGACCAGUACUACUACCAUAUGCUUGACAACACCAAAGAGCGCGACAUGGACCAGGUAGUGUCUCGAUGGGCAGAAAACACGAAAGCCGAGGCUCGGCACAACAUUCUUAUGGUGGAUCAACUCUGGCUUUGGUCCACUCAUCAGAAAGCGUCCCCAUUCAAAGCUCAAGACAAGGCGUCUGAGAUUCGAACAAGCCGCGAGCAGAUGGGCAUGAACAAUGGAAGCUAUCCGGAGGAAGAACCCCAGGAUCACUACGUCAUAUCUUGCUUCCCAAGCAGAACAGGGACGGGCCAGCAUGCGCACCGCGUUAUGGACGAUCUUAGACUACUAGUCCUGGAUCCGACGCACCGCAAACGACACCCCAUCCGUAGACCGGAAGACCUUACUUCACGCAUAUUGGAGACCUGCUGCAGUGUUUUUGAUCGACUACUAGAUGCGGAGCCACUCCGCUUCUUCCAGAUGUUCGAAGAGAGUGUUGGAACGAUACUCAAAGCGACCAACAAGUACUACGAAGAGAAAAAGAAUAAACUCCUCGUCGAUCUUCUGGAUAUUCGCGAGGAGGUGAAGCUCCUAGUUGAGAUAAAGGAUAUCCUCGAUGAGAUCAACAUCAUUCUUUCGGUACUAGACAUACAACGGACGGUCAUCAAGCAGCGACGGAAGGCGGAAGGGUUCACAUUCCUAGGCUCGUCAGCUGCAGAGGUUCUCAUCAAAGCCGACAUAGAUGACUUCAAGAAGCUUGAAGGUCACAGUCGCACCAUACAGGAGAAGGUAUGGCGGACGUUGCAAAGGGCGGAACAGGGCUAA